UUUCGCAUACAACCGAUACAACCAUCAGUCGCAAGCUCGGGACUGCAUCGUCAAAACGGAUUGUACGUGAUUCUAUGGCAAUAUAUGUAGUGACUGCGUUUGAAAAAUUAAAGAACGUUUUUUUAAGAAACAGUUUUUUCUAGCCUUGCUUUGCCUUUUCUAGUGGCCUAAGUGUUGUGUCGAGUUUUCUUGUUGACAAGUGUUGGCGGCCAUAUUGCUGGCUUCCCACUCUAUUCUUCAGUAGACGCCCAAAGCAUAUACAACACAGCAGCGGGGGCGGUGUGCCAACCACUCGUACACCAAAAAAAAAGAAAAAAAGAAGCUCAAGAAAGAUCAAGAACAGUUUUGCUUCAUCGAUUGGAUCCACAAGUUGUAUAGAACAUCGAUUCUCUCAGGAUUAGAACGCCUUGUUUGGACUUGACUUUGCUUCAUCAUCUUGUUGUGCCUCAACAGCUUGUGUUGUCUUUUCUCCACUUCUCUAGACAUACUCCACAUUUGACACUUUGCAUAUUGGCGAGCUGUAUAGAUCCCGCGGUGUCAUUUGUCAUUGCCUUUUGGCAGUGUCCCAGACUUUUUGCUUCUUGUGAAGAAUUUGUUUCUACUACGCUACACUUGUCAAUGUGUUAUUACAUGCUAUGGGUGCAACCAUAGUGCCUUGUGGAUGAGUGAUAUUUCGAUGAAAGUAUGGAUAACACGCUGACCAGUUUGGAAGAGAGGUUGAACGAGCCGAACUGGUCCGGAUUCCAAGGAGGUGCGCCACAGCUGCAGUGGUUCACUUCUCCGUCGCAAUACGGCACGUCGUCAAUCAACGGCGGUCUGAUUAGCGGCAGUAGUAACAGUAGUAAUAUCGCCAGCCAUUCUAAUCCGCAAUCGCGGGUGGUGGUCAUCAACCGAGACGAUCGGGGAUUCGGUUUCGUCGUGGCCGGAGACAAUCCCGUCUUUGUCCAAACUGUUCGCGAAGGCGGAGCCGCUGAGCGAGCUGGCAUUUUUAAGGAUGAUUUUAUUAUCAAGGUUAACGGAUCGUGGGUGACCCAGUCGAACCACAACGAGGUCGUCGAUUUGAUUAGAGCGGGCGGAUCGAGUGUGGCUCUCACUGUGAUAUCGCCUGCCUACGGAUCAAGCAACGGGUCCGGCAUCCCGUCUCACUACAACUCGCCCUACGCCAUGCCUUCACUUCAUCCGUCAUCGAGUCCGUUGGGCCCUCAGGCACCGCCACCUCCACCGCCACCUCCCAUUAUGACGACGUCUACAACCCCAACGUCUAGAGGAUUGCAUCAUCAGCCUUCGAUGCGCGGAGGAAUCACUAGUCCACAGCCUGUCGGGCACGAACAACAGCGAGUCGUCGAGUUGGAGCGUCUCAACACGUUCAAGUUGAUGCUGGAGAAGGAAGCGCAGUUUGUGGAGACGAAGCGAGGCGAUUUGGCGCGCGGAUACAACCCUGCGGUGGCCAUCGAGUUGGCCAGCGCCGAAAAGCGCGUCCGUGAGCUGCAACAAAAGUACAACCAGAUGGCAAACCGACUCGGUUUGCCUACCUCGGAAAGUCAACCAUUACUGUUGUCGUCUGCCCAGCGCUCUCCGUCGCCGGCCCACCGACCCCAAUCAGCUCAUUAUCCAGUAGGAGUUUCAGUGGGACGUUCUGGCAGUAGUGGCAGUGGAAGUAGGAUAUCCCAGCGACCACCUGGUGCCGUCGAAGGUGGUGGUUGGGACAAUUUGGGAUGCGACGUUCCACCGCCAUUGCCGGCCCGUAACCGCUCACUGGUUUCGCACAAUUCGUCUCCGUUGAUUCUGUCCAGCCCUGCCCCAACGCCCUGCGAAACACCUUCGUCACCGCCACCCCCGCUUCCGCCCCGUAACCCUUCCACUGCCUCGUCUUCCUCUUGUUCUUCCUCCUCUUCGUCGUCCUCCUCCGCAACAGCCAUGCCGGACCUAGUCCCAUCGGUAAACGGAGCCAGUAAUCAGGAACAACAUCGAAUUCUGCUGCGUGAUUCGCCUACUAACCAACCUCCUUCGUCCAGCGCCGGCCGACCGAGUACAAGCCCGCUGCCUUCACAUCACCGCACAAAGUCAAGCCCGUUUCCUUUCCCGGUCCAGCCUGUUGCCGCCAGCGUACCAGACACUCGCCGUUUUAGUUCAUCCGAUUCCAUUAGCGAGUUGGAUUUAUCGACCAGACGUGGUGGCGGUGGUGUCAGUGGCAAAGACACGGACUCUCCCACGCACGGCACUCCUCCCGGCACACCUCCGCCGCCUUACAGACGACCCGUCAGUCCUUUGGCCGAAGAUGGGAAUGGCAGCGAGACGGCGGCGACAAGCUCGUUCCCAGCUGUUCAUCAAGCGACCUCGCCUUCCGGAGUCGUUUAUGCCGGACAAGAAACCCAGUUGAAUAUUAUUACUAUGGAAGAAGAUGAAUUUUCUGAUCACGAAUCCGUCAAGGGACAGAUCGACGAUCACGGAGUGUUCAAAACCUUGGCCAAACUGUGGCAGCACAAUGCACACUUGGCCGUUUUCAUGAAUUUUGUCAUGCUUAACUGCGACCCCGCCAGCUUGUUCUUCCAUUUGAUAACGGACGUGUACAAAGAGGGCACUGCCAAGGACAUGAAGAAGUGGGCUUAUGAGAUUCACUCAACUUACCUCGUUCCUAAUGCGCCAUUGAAAUUGAACAACGUCGACGAGCACGUCUUGCACGAAAUUGAUGACGCCUUACAAGUAGACAUUGACAAGGAAGAAAUCCUCCGAAAGGUGUUUCUAAAAGCGAGAUCGAAAGCCAAAGAGGAGUUGAAACGGCAUUUAGCCGAGUUUCUGAGUAAGCGCACCGUCGGCUUGGCUACCAUGUUUGGUCCUAGUGACGCCAUACUAGACGAAACAAUCCACGACAAGGCCAAGGAAGUUAAGAUCGUAGAGAGCCUCCUCCUACCUCGGCUAGAGUUAUUGGCAGAGGAUUUAGAGAAUUCCAGUGAUCGAAACCAGGCCAUUGCCUCCUCGUUGGCUACGGUUUUGCAAAAGAAUUUUAACGUUAAGAGCCCACAAGCCACCAGUCAGAUCGAACGGUGUCCCACAUUCGUGGCUAAGGAAAAAUCAAUCAAACCCAAAUUCCUCAGUAAAAAUAAAAAGCAACUGACAGCCAAAGGCCAUCACUUUGUGGCUCACCAGUAUUUUAGCGUGACACUAUGCAAUCACUGCGGCAACGUCUUGUGGGGCACCAGUCCUCAGGGAUACCAGUGCACAAAUUGUGAGAUGAACAUUCAUAAAGGAUGCGUCAAGGUGAUAGAAGAGAGUUGCAUCGGGGCUUUACAUCGCAAAGAUCGCGGCAAUGAUCGCAUCAGCAAGAUUGUCGAUCGCUUUCGUCCUGAAAGGGAACUAAAGAGAAAGUUGACCACCCAAGGACUAGGAGAUAAAAAUCUGCGACGUGCAGACGAUUCCCUGGAAGCGUCAAUCACCGGAUCGUUGGAUUCUGAAUCGUCAACAGCAGGUGACAAGCAGAGCGGUUUGGGGUCCAACGGUCGCUCAUUCAACGAUGGCUCCAAAGAUGGGGCUCGUGAUCGACGUUCGGGAACUGGAUCAGGAUCUGAUUCAUUCGGAGAGGCAGACCGACGUGCUGGUUACACACCGCCUUACGAAGAAGAGCUUGACAGUUCCGGUGCAUCCAACUUUAGUAAAAAGAAAGUCAGCCGUUCGGAGAGUCUACGCGAGCGAGCACAGAGGAAACACCGGGAAAAGCGGAAACAUAGCGACCCGAACCUUCCACCAUCCCAUUCCAGUGACAUGGACCGAGAAGACCGGAGCUUAUCAAACAACAACUCUGGCAGUUCGUCCAAUUCAAGUCUUUCCACCAGUUUGGAGAGUCCGAGUCCAUCCGACAUCCGCGUUUCGGGUUCCGCCUUAUCCGAUGGAUCAUCAGGGGUGUCGGCCGCCUUGUCCGUGGCGUCUUGCAACGCCGGCGGACUACUCACACCAUGGGACAGUGACCUCGAAGCGGAUCCCGAUCCGCCGGACUGGACGCGCAACUUGGAUCCUGACGUUGUAGACAAGAUGACGCCCAAAGAGAAACAAAGACAGGAAGUCGUCAAUGAACUCUUCCACACGGAAAGAAGUCACGUUCGCAACCUGAAGGUUCUUGACCGGGUGUUUUACCGUCCCCUACUGGACAACGGUUUCAGUGACCUCGUUAAUUUGCUCUUCCCCAAUUUGCCCGACAUGUUGGAAAUCCACGGCCGCUUCAACACACUGAUGAAGGCGCGCAAAAAAGACCAGCCGGCCGUUGAAACGGUUGGCGAUAUCCUGGUUGCCAUGUUUGACGGAUCUAAUGGCGAAGCGUUCCAGCAAGCUGCCGCCACCUUCUGCAAAUACCAGUCGGUUGCUUUAGAGAGUUUGAGGGACAGACGCAAGAAAGACACUAAACUUCAGGCAUUUUUGGCCGAAGCCGAGGGCAAUCCCGUUUGUCGGCGGCUUCAGCUCAAAGAUAUCAUCCCGACGGCCAUGCAGCGGUUAACCAAAUAUCCAUUGUUGCUGGAGAGCCUCGCAAAGUACACUCAGCCGCGCAGCGAAGAAAUGACGCUAGUGCGCAGGUGUCUGGAACGGUCACGUGAAAUCCUCAACAAAGUCAACCAGGCCAUUAAGGAAGCCGAGAACUAUAACCGGCUGGUGGAUAUCCAACGUCGACUGGACAAGUCGGCAUUUGAGAAAUCCGAUCACGCCAUCGCUAAUGAACUCAGGAACUUCGAACUGACAAAGCAUCGCCUCGUCUACGAGGGUGCACUGACGUGGAGAACAAAAGGCCAGAAGAAUGUUGACCUUCACGUCGUCCUAUUGGAGGAGUACAUCCUCUUGCUCCAGAAGCAAGACGACAAGUACGUGCUGAAAUUCCACAGCAUCAACUACCUGAACUCCAAGGAAGAAUCCAAAUGCACUCACAGUCCUAUCAUCAAAAUCGCCACGGUUCUCGUCCGGCCCGUCGCUACAGACAAACUGGCUCUGUAUUUGGUCAACACGUCGCCGACAGGAGCUCAGAUUUAUGAUCUUGUGGCCGUCUCUAUCGCCGAGAGGAAAGCAUGGUUUCGCCACAUCACUGACGCCACGGAAGCGUACAAAGCACGGGAAGGUCGCAACAGGCGACCGGAUGGAAGUGGGAGUGGCUCUUCCCCUUCGAUGGGAAGCGCCACCCCUAGCCUCAGUUCCUCUUCCAGUUCCGCUCAACUUUUACCGCCACUGCCACAGGCCGCUGAUUCGUCAGACAAAACUGAGGAGCCGAUCGAGGACAACGUGUCGGCCGAUUCCGGCGUUAGUUUGACGCCCAGUACCAACGAAACUCAGCCGCAAAGCGAGCCAACGCUUGAACAGCCACAACAGCAGCAAUCUCAGCCAAACAACUUGGAGGCGGCCCAAGCCGAAGCCUCUAAGAAACCAGGUGAGAGUGGAACGUCGACUCCAGGAAGCGGUUCAACGGCGGCCUCUCCGGCGCCACAGCGACGCCUUCAAAGGGUCGAAAUUCUGAAAAUAGCCGAAGGAACGCCUUUAAUUGAUCCCACUGAAGUGGUCGUCUCUCAAGGAGCCGUUCUCAUAGCCGAACCUGUCCUCACCCCAUUAGAAAAGCUGCGAAGGAAAGAUCAGAUGAUCCGAGCUGCCCUGGCGGACAAACAAAGACUCGUGGCCGACAUUCUACACGUUCCGCACUCUGAGCUGGAUCCGGCCUCCUCCGAGUCGCUGAGCGAAUCGGAAGGCGAGAAAGAAGCUCGAUUGCUAGUCAUGACGGCCAUAGCUCAAGCCACCCAACUCUCAGCUGUGCUGAACGAGAGUUUGCACGUUACUGAAGAGGAAGCAAUUGCUGCCGUUUCGGCGGAUCCCGCAACAUCAUCACCGUCUUCGCCCCGCUGUGCCCGGCGGAUUAAUCGAAUGCCUGGAGCUGCGACCACCAAACUGCUCGCCAUUACGUCCGCCCUCAAUAAGGACUUGACACAGCUUCUGGGAAUCGUCACAAAUCGAGACGAGGAACGCGACCAGCUGCGUCGCGAGUUGCAAAAAACUCGCGAUCAGCUAGCCGAACAGUUGGUCCUACAAGUCGCAUCCCAUCCGAAGUCUACUUCACGUCCGGUUAGCCAUGUUUCCCUAUCGGACUGUGAGGCGACGAUAGAAUCCGAACAGUCUGAGGGCGCCCCUGCGUUCCCGGAAGCCGACAUCCAAGCACCUAGUGGGUGCGAUGGAGAAUCACCUGAUGGGAACGAGUCACUAGUCGACAAAUCGAUAGCUCCUAUUGUAGCUGAAUCGGCGUCGCCAAUCAUUUCGCCAUUAGACGAAGUUGAUAGCGGAAUAAAUACAAACCAGACCGUGAGCGAGGAAAUCGUCGAUAGGAUCGAUCUUGAAGAGAAAACCGAAUUGGAAGUUUCCCAGAGUAGUGAAGCUUGAAAAACAUUAUUAUUUUUUUCAACAGCUACCAAGAGAAUAAUAAGAAUUUAUCUUCCCAAGUACGUUGUUUUUAAGUGGCAUGAAAAAGAAAAAAAAAAAGGGAAAAAAGCGAAGAAAAAAAAACGAAAUAUUCACUUCCAUCUUCUUUCGAUGACCUCAUUCCGCCAUUGAGCGACCUUUGUACAUAUGACGCCAAGAUUCGCUUAAAGUGCAAAUAUUUCAAAAACAAUAAGAGCAUGGAUUUUUUUCCCUCCCCCACACAUCCCACCCCCUCCCAGUUGUGAAGAUGUAUUGAAAGAAACGAAAAAAAAAAAUCAAUAAUUAACACGAUGGACGAUUGUUUAACGUGCCAAUCAAGACAUGGAGUCAGUCGGAUCCUGGCGCUAAGGCCGAUCUCUAUUGCAUUCUUUUUUUUUUCUUUUUUUGUUUUUUUGUUUUGUUUUUAUUUUGUUCCUUAUUUUUUCAAAGCUUUCUUCGGCGACUAGCGAACCUCUGGACUCGGAGAAUUCCCCCCUUUUUUUUCCCCCUGUACAUCUCUCUCGAUUCGAUACAGUCGUAUGUCUUUAUUCCUUUCUUCUUUGUUGUGAAUUGCAAAACACCAGCUGAUCUAUCUUAAUUACAGGAUUGGUUCAUAACAAAUAUACACAGAAGGAAGCAAAAAUUAUUUUGUGAACGAUGUCAUAAAAAAAAAGGAGGGAGAAAAGAAACAAAUGGGAAAAAGAAGAUUAUAGUAGGCAACCGGAUCUUCGUCUCUAUGGGAAUAUUUUUUAGACAGUAUUUUUCAACUGCGAAAGUGGCGCUAGAGACUUAACUUGCUCGAUGUUAUAAUGAGAAUCUUGAAGUGCAUAGGAUCAAAUUUAUUUUCCCGCGACGGCUCUUUUUUUUUUUAUUAUUAAUUUUUUUUUGUCCUUGAUUCGGUUUCUUAAUUUAAUGAUUAAAAAGAUAAAGUUCAUUUUGACUCGUCCCCCCUUUCCUGCCAAUUUAUUCUGUGCUCUUGAUUUCCCAUCUCUGUCCAAAAUAUUACCCGUUUUGUUUUGUUGUACCGCAGAACUCUUUAACUAUUAAGGAAACUUCUAUAGGUUUUCUCACCAUUCUUGCAAUACACUUGAAAUAUAUUGUUUGA